UGUCUCCCUGUGUUUCACCAGGCUGGUACAAUCGUCUGUACGUGAUCUUCACGUUGAGGAGACACAUUCACUUCUUCCUGCUCCAGACCUACUUCCCUGCGGCUCUGAUGGUGAUGCUGUCCUGGGUCUCCUUCUGGAUCGACCGCAGAGCCGUGCCAGCACGAGUUCCACUUGGCAUCACCACGGUGCUCACCAUGUCGACGAUCAUCACGGGCGUCAACGCGUCCAUGCCUCGCGUCUCGUACGUGAAGGCGGUGGACGUCUACCUCUGGGCCAGCUUCGUCUUCGUCUUCCUCUCGGUCCUGGAGUACGCGGCCAUCAACUACCUGAGCACCCCGAGCGCCAGCGCCGACGCCGCCGCCGCCGCCGGCAACGCCGCCGGCCCCUUCACCACCGUGGACACGGCGAAGGAGCAACUCUCGGUGCUGUGCGCCUGCACCGUGCGGCCCCCCUACCCGGCGUUCGAGACCUUCGACCUCGACCUCGACCUCGACGCCGACCUCGACCUCGACCCCUCCAUCGCCCUCAACACCAUGGGCAUGGUGCUGAGGGCGCCGCCCCCGCGCCGCCCGCCGCCGCCGCCGCACCUCCCGGCCACCGGCACCGGCGGCGACGGCGACGACGGAAUCCUCCCUCGCGACGGUCGCCCCGGCGACGGUCGCCCCGGCGACGGUCGCCGGGGCGACGGUCGCCGUGGCGACGGUUGCCGUGGCGACGGCCGGGCCGGGCAACGCCCCCUGGGUUCGUCAUCGUCUAGCCCCACCCACCCCAUCGACUGGUACUCACGGACACUCUUCCCUGCCACAUUCCUCCUCUUUAACGUCGUCUACUGGGUCUCCUACUGGGACUAG